AUGGGCAAUUAUGAUAAUAUAAAUAUCAAUGGUAGUAAGAAAGAUGAUAGAAGGUUUACGUCGAGUGUUAAGAAAAGUACCUCGUUAAAGAGUUCUUUAACAUGUCAUGAAAAGAAAACGAAAAGUUAUAAAUUGGACAAACAUAGCGAUGAAGAUAAGUGUAAAUUAAAUGAAAAAUAUGCAUCAUGCAAAAUAUCUAAUGAAAAGAAAAAGCUAUUGAAAAGUAUGAAAAAAGUAAGUACUAAGGGUUAUUGUAUGGACAAAUUUAAGACAGUGUCUAGAAAUGUAGAAUGUUAUAACAGAAUGAGUAAAAUCACUCACAAAGGUAAUAGUUCAAAAAGAGCUCAAACAGUAUCAAGAAAAAUCGCACGUAAUAGUAAUAACAACGCAAAUGGAAGUAAUAGUAACAGUAAUAGUAACAGCAACAGUAGUAAUAUAAGAAAAAUUAUAAAUUUAAGGAGAAAGGAAUUACCCUCGACCCUAAAUAGUAUUUGUAGUAGACCAGAUAACAGAAGAAAAAGCAUAUUAAAAAAAGAUAUACAUCAUUAUGUUGAAGAGAAUGUAAAGAAAAAGAAUAGCGAUCAUGAUAGGGUAAAAAAUGAAAAUAGCAACAGUAACGAACAAAUUAUUGGUAAGAUGAUCAUAAAUAAAGGAAGCAUUGAUUUAUUAUCUACAUAUAAUACAUAUAAUGGAAUAAGGAAGCAAGAAAAUAAGAAUAAAUGUUUACAUGAUGAACAUGCAUUGAAUUUGUUAGAAACCAAAACUAGUAUAACAACGAAGAACAGUAUUAAGAAUGAAGACAUACAAAUAAAACAAAAUAAAUUAGAGCAGAUUAACAAAAUAAAUUGCUAUGAACGUAACAUAAAUAACAGUGUAAAUCAUAAUUCUGUCAAACGCGUAAAGGAGAGAAGUAAUAGCGCGAAAAUGACUAUAUUACCAAAGUUUGAAUUAUCUAAUCCAUCUAGAGUAGCAACCCUAUCUCACAUUUCUAGUAGGGAUAUGCCAAGAGGUAACCAUUCAGAGGGAUACAGAAUUUAUGAAAAUCACGUUAAUGGAAUAGCCGAACGUAGAAAUGUUUCAAGUAAAAGAAAUUCAAUAACGGCAUAUAGGGAUGUUUCAUGUAGUAGCAAUGUGAAAGAGGAUAUGCCAAAUAGGCAUAGUGACGUUUUAACAAAUAAGUAUAUGUCAUAUUUGAAUAAGGAUUGCAUAAUAUUUUUAGAGAAAAAUAGAAAAAUGGUAAAUGAUAAUUAUAUUAAGGGAAAUUUUCAUAAUAUGCUAAAGUAUAUAAGUCAUCAUAAUGGUAAAUCUGACUUAGUGAGGAAAAAAGGAAUACACUCCAUUAUCGAAAAGGGAAAUGAAAAUAUGCAUAGAAAUUUAUUGUAUUCGAAACCUCCUGAUUCUAUUUAUGAAGAAGGGGAAGUAAAGUUUAAUUGUGUUAAAGCUACUACAGAUGAUUUUAAUAUGCAAAAAGGGUCAUAUAAAUAUAAUAAACAUUUUGACCAUUCUGAACAAGUUAAACCUUUUAAACAUUUAUUAUAUAACAGUACAUCCCCAAUAGAGAUGUUAAAUAAAGAAUUAAGAACAUAUAAAAAGUAUGACCAUACAGAUGUAGAUUCAAAAAAAAAUUACACUGCUAAGAAUUUUUUCAUUAAUACAAACUAUGACAAUUUUAAGAAAUAUUCUUCGUUACCCAAUUGUAGUGAUAAUGAGAUUAUUGCUAAUAGAUAUUACACAGAUAAUUUUUAUUCCAAAAUGUUAAAAAAUAAAAAUAAGGAUAAUUUGAAUGGAAACACAUAUUCAAAUUGUAGCAGAGAUUUUAGUAGGAGAAAAGUCAUAAAUGGGAAAAGCCAUUUAAAAAAUGGCAAUUAUUUAGAAAGUGUAAAUUAUGUAUCAUGUGAUAAAGACAUAAGUGACCCCAUAAAAGAAGAAGACAGUUUGAAUUUUUAUGAUAAUUCCAAUUAUAGGAUUAACUGGAAUAGUUUGAAGUGUCCUAACAGUUAUAAGAAUUAUUAUACUUAUAAUGAUUUGAGUCAGCAAGUUUUUAGAAAGAAUAUAUACCCAGACGCUAGAGAUGUAAACACAAAUGAGUUUUACAAAAGCUACAAUAAUGUGCUAGACAGAGGUAUAAAAAAUGGAAUUAUCGCAUCGAAAAUUUGUAAUGGGGAUGAUAUGAUGACUAUUAUGAACAAUAAAAGUGACAACACAAAUUACACCAAAAAUGAAAGUAUAAAUGAGUUUCAUCCAUUAGUAAGGAGCGAUAGGGAAAAUACACUUUUAAAAAAUUGUUAUGAGGAUCUGAACAAUUUAUCUACCUUUGUAAAGGAUAAUAAUUACUACUCUCAUAUAAACAUGAAUUGUUUCAGAACUUCUCCUUUACGUUCAAAUAAAUGUAAUAAAUACGAACAUGUACAUAUUUCCCCCAAUGUGACCAACUCUUCAAAAAUUGUAUUGCAACAAUAUGCUGAGGAUGGUAACUUAGUCGGGGUGAAGUUCCCCCAAAAUGAACGCGAAAUUGAUAAUAAUAAUAAUAACAAAAGCAACGAUGAUAAUAAUAAUAAUAAUAGCAAUAACAAUGAUAACAAUAAAUUAAAUAAAAGUAGCGUUCAUAUUUUUAAAAAAAUAUACAUAGAUCAUAAUCUGAGCAAUAUACAAAAUAGGAAUGAAUAUAAUGCAGACAGAAAGGAUAAUUCGGAGCGGAAUAUCUUAUCUUCCUAUGUACCUCUAAAUAUGGAACAUAAAAUAAGUAAAAUAGAUGAUGAAAGAUUUAUCAAGUAUGAUAAAAAUUAUAUACAUGAAAAAAACGACAAUAUUAUAAAUGAAAAGAGAAAUCAAACAAACGAUUAUCAAAAAAAAUAUACCAUAUCUAAUAAUUCCUCUACGGAUGAAUGUCAAAGCAGUACAGAAUUGAAAAAAUAUGCGUUUAAUGAAGCUACUUAUUUAAGUCAUGAAUGUGUCCUAGAAAAAGGAAAGAUAGAAAGCAACCCCCUUAGAAAUUAUCACACUAUUACUGAUAAAGUAGUACCUAAUGAAGAGGAAAAAUAUGAACAGUUAAGGAAAAAUAAGUUCAUCACAAAUGUGAACAUGUUAAAUAACCCCAUGUAUAUAAGGAAUUAUGUAAUAAAUAAUGCCUAUAAAUUUACUAAUGACAUAAAUAAUAAUUCUAAUAAUCAAGAUGAUAAUGUAAAUAUGUAUUUUCAUAACAGAAGAAUGGACAUGGUAGACCAUCAGAAUUAUACUAUCAAUAAUUUUCUUAUGAAAAAUGAGAGGGAAGAAAGUAAUAACAUCGUAAAUAUGAACACCAUUACCUUUCCACUGCAAAAAAAUAAUGAGAUCAUUAAUGAUACACUAAAUAAAAAUAUUAUGCUGAAAAAUAGUAUUAAUAAUAGUAGUAGUGAUAAAAUUCAAAGCAGCCUAGUGCCUAUUAAUAGUAAUAUAUUACACCCUUGCGAAGUAAACGGUAGUAUCAGUAAUACUUCUUUAAAUGAUAAGAAGAAGGACUUAGUAAAUAGUAAUGUAAUAAUCACGUCUAGUUCUAAUCUGAAAAUGAAAAGCAGUACCCUAGUAAAUGUUGGACAGAGUAAUAAGGCGCCAUGCAAAAAUGUAAACAGCGUAAAUGGAGUAAAUAGCAUGAAUAGCGUAAAUAACGAAAGCAAUGUGAUGGUGAACGACGAUUUACCAACUACGGACACUUCAUUAACUGGUAAAAGAAUGAAUGUUAGCAUUGCUCAUCAUCUAAAUAAUUACACGAAUAAAAAUAUAUCUUGUACCAGUAAGAACGAUACUUGUACAAAGGUACAAAACAAAGGAAGAGAAAAUAUAAGCAUAGGAACAAAUAACAACAUUUUCCCCAAAACAGUAGUACUCCAUUUAAAUAGUGCAAAAAGUAAGGACGACAAAAAAAAAGGGCUAGGUACGUGCAAAUCGAUUUGCAAUAGUGAUAUAUAUAACUAUUUAAGGAAUACGCAUACUAAAACGCUAACAAAUUUUCAUCGCACUGUGUCGUAUAGAAAACAAAGCUCAAAAAUGAACGUGUCAGACAGGGCUAUUCCAGAAAUUAAAUUAAAAAAUGGGGGUCCAUUAGAAAGUGCAACUACAGCCAUAACUACAACUGAAAAUGAAGUAGAUACAAAGAAGAUUGUAAAAAAGGCGGUGGUUAUCGGAUGUAACUAUUUGAAUGAUGUGGGAGGUAACAGACUUUACGGAUCAGUAAAUGAUGCUUAUAUUUUUUGUAGAGCUUUAGUUAAAUAUUUUGAUUUCAUGCCUGAUAAUAUUUUGCUACUAACUGACAGCUUACCGUCAAACGCAUAUAUUUACGAGGAUUUUGAUAUAGAUAGAAAAAAGUAUAUAAAAGAAGAAUAUAUUUAUGCAAAUGAUGAGAAAAAAGUCGAAAAAAAUAAUUUUUUUAAUUUAUUUAAUAAAAGUAGUACAUAUGAUAAAGAAAAAAUAAAUACAAAAAUGAUAGAUAGCAAUUCAUGCAGAAAUGUAGAUAUUAAAAAUGUAGAUUUUUCAUCAGAAAAUAUUAGUUUUAAUUUAUGGCCAACCAGAAUAAAUAUAUUAAAAGCAGUAAACUGGCUAGUUCGAGAUUCAGCUCCUUUUGGUUCAUAUGUUUUUUAUUUUGCAGGGAAAAGUGUUCAGGUCGAUAACAUGAGUGGAUGGGAGGGUGAAGGAUAUGAUGAAGCAUUUCUUUGUUCUGACCCUUUUAGUAGAAAUUAUGCACAUAAUGUAAUAACAACUGUUCAGUUAAAAGAUUUAUUAUUAAGUAUAAAUAUAAGUGCACAGAUGACUAUUAUUUUGGAUUGUUCAGGUGGACAAACAAUUUUGGAUCCAGCAGGAACUGAAAAUUCUUUGUCAUAUAUAAAAGGAUGUAAGCAAAAGGGUAUAUGGCCAAUUGCUAAUCCUACGAAUAAAGUACAUAAGGCUGUUUAUGAUAUAACAAUUUUGAAUCAUAUUAGUAUGAAAAAAUAUUUUUGUAAAUCAAGAUAUUCUAAAUUAAUUGAAGUGGAAUCUACAUCUGCUAUGAUUGAUCCUUUGUUGCAGUCUAUCUCAUCUUUACCAGUUGCACCAAAGGCAUAUUGCUUAUGUGCGGCUACAUGGGAACAGACAUCUAUAGAAGGGUUAUUUCCAACUGUAGAAUUUGCUAGAGUGACACAAAUAAAGCCAAUGAUAGACCUCGAACAAGUAGGAAAGAAUAAAAAAAUCAACGAAAAAAAGCUUGGAAACAAAUGUGAAGUCGGGAAAAAUAAGCACAAAAAGAUACUAUCAAAUGUGCACAAGUUAGGAACUGAAAAAAAAAGCAUUUAUGAGAAAAAUUUUAGUUUCUCCCUAAAUGUGAUGAAAUUAUUUUUUAACAAUAGUACUAGCGGCAUUAAUAACAAUAGCACUAACUACAAUAAAGAUUAUGAUAAGAUGCGUAAGGAUGAAGAAGAAAAUGCGGAAGAAAAAAAAAUCAAGCAUUCCAGUUUACAUUAUGAUAACGACAACAAUGUUAAGCAUGCAGUUUCUAAUGAAAGUGACGACAGUGAUUACUCUGUUAAUACAACUAGCAAUGAAGAGAUUUUUAAUAAUUGUAAAGGAAAAGAUAAUUAUGUGCUUGUUAGUCACGGGGUAUUUACUUACUGUUUAAUUGAAGCUAUUAUCGAAUUUAAAGAAAUAGAAUUAAAAAAUAAUAUUUUUGAACAGAGAAACGCAAAAUUUUUACCAAUGACUUUAAAAAAUUUAAUAAAUGUCAUACAAAAAAAAAUUCAAAAUGUAAAAAAUAAUAAACUAAAAAAAUUAGAUCAAAAACCAGAAUUUACUAUACACCCAGGUGCAAAUGCGAGUACCAAUAAUUAUUUUGUUCAUUAUUCUAAGAAUAUACAUUUUCAAAAUUAUAAAUGUGAUUUUAUGCAUUCAGAUUUAUCCCCUUUUUUAAAUGUUAAUAAGGCUUGGGAAGAAAUUAAUAAAAAUACACUUAAAAAUAGAAAAUCCUUAUCUGUGACAUCUACAUUAAUUAAUACAGCUUCGUCCAAAUAUUUUACAGCAGAAAGCAAUAAAAUUAAAAAUUCGUAUUCCUUAAGAUGUUAA